GAUUACAAUUUACAAAAUAUUUUGGGCGUGUGAUUUAAAGUUAAACUGAAAUUGUUCGCAUUUUCGCAAGAAGUAAAAAAUUAUAGUUUUAUACAUUAAAUAUAAGCAUGUUAAUCAAUCCAAUAAUGUAAACUUUUAAAUUGAGUACUUUUUAUAAAUCUGUCAAAAUACAAAUCUCGUUACGAUGCCGUCCGCUCUUUGUGUGUUUUGCAUGAGCUUCAUUGUUUUGUACAGCGUUUAUUCUGUAUGUGGUCUCAUGUGUUGGCAUUGCGAUUCGCUCCAUGACCCCAAAUGCGUGGAUCCAUUUGAUAAUACCUCGAUGCCAAUGAAAGAUUGCAAACUGGAAAAACUGGACACAUAUCCUGGCGUGCGAGGUACAAUGUGCCGCAAAAUCCGUCAAAAAGUGUAUGGAAAAUGGCGAUUUUACCGGAGUUGUGCUUUUCUUGGCGAACCUGGCAUUGGUGGUGACGAACGUUAUUGUUUAAUGAGGACAGGCACACAUAAUAUAUUUACUGAAUAUUGUACUUGCAAUUCUAGAGAUGGAUGCAAUGGUGCAUCUGGCAUUUCUUCUUCACUUUUAAGCAUAUCGUUAGCACCAGCUCUUAUUGUUUAUAGAAGACUGCUGUAAUGUGUUCAUCAAACAAUAAAAGUAGUUGAUAUUUGAAUAACUUUUUAAGAUCAAAGAAUAUAGUUUUCAUCAGAUAUCUUAAUAUAUUUGAAGACAAUAAUAAUGUUAACUAUUUUAUUUUUAAAGCCAUUUGAAAUUGUUCAACUUGUUACGAUAUAUUUUCUUGUGAUUAAUAAACUGAAAAGUGUAACUGAUCCGUCCAUUUUUAACAUAAUAUUUAAUUAUAAAAUAAUAUUUGUAUUAAAAUUAUAGUCAGUUUUUUUUUUUUUUUUUAAUAUUUGUACUAUGAGUAUUUUUUAAUUAUUUUGUGAACAAUUAUUUAGAAUUAUUUAUUACAACCUUAAAAUUAAAGUAUACAUAUAUUUUUGGUAAAUUAAGUUUUAUAAAUACAAUUUAUAGUUUUGUAUUCUAUAUUUUGAAUUGGUAUGUAACUCAGUAUUAUUAGUUACUAAUUUGUAAUAACUAUUUUCUAAUAACGCGUAAAUGAUCAACUUUAUUUUUGCAUAUCACAUUAAUCCACUUUAUUUUUAUAUUAUGAAAUUUUAAGAUGAUUUACUUCACUUAACUUUGUAAGAUAUAUCCUUUUUUAUGUAAUUGGUACAUUUCAUUCAUGUAGAUGUGAUUUAUGUAACAUUAAAAAACCUCUUUCAAAAUAUAUUAUAAAAAACAUUAUAUAAUAGAAUCUCACUUGUUUAUUUUAUCUU